AUGGGAGACACAGAGAGUUGCAGUAGUAGAGUUUUCGAUUCUGGUUGGAAUCAAAAUAGAAAGCAGAUGCAGAAGGUUGAAAUUUACAACCAGGUUCUUUGUCGACUUAGGGAAUUGAAUGUCCCAGAGGCAGUGAUUCCUGGUUUUGAGGAUGAGCUUUGGGCGCACUUCUAUCGCCUUCCCACUAGGUAUGCGUUGGAUAUGAAUGUAGAGAGGGCCCAAGAUGUUCUUGUGCAUAAAAGGCUACUGCACAUAGCACGAGCCACUGCAACUGGAACCGGACCUGCAGUUGAAGUCCGUCUUGUGCAGGUUUGUUCUGCUUCUGGUGCGCGUUGCAGUAAAUCCCUUCAUUCAAACUCGCAAAGUAAAGUCAGUCCUCAAGAUUCUGAUAUUCCAGACAACAUGAGGCAUGAUUAUUGCUUGAAACUUUUGUUUCUGUUUAUCACAUUUCAUCCUACGACUUACGGCAGGCCAAUGCAUGAAAUCACAAUUUCAACAAAUGACAAGCCAAAACUUCUGAGUCAGUUGACUUCCUUACUGUCUGAGACUGGGCUGGACAUUCAGGAAGCACAUGCUUUUUCGACAAUGGAUGGCUAUUCAUUGGAUGUCUUUGUUGUUGGUGGUUGGGCAGUUGAGGAGACAGAGAAGUUAAAAUAUGUACUGGCAAAGAAAAUUCAGAAACUCGAGAAUCAGCCUCAGUUGAAAGAAAAUGGCAGUCUCCCUACUGCAGAGCAAGAGCAAACCAUGAUGAACUUCAUAUCUGGACAUGUAAAUUUGCCCACUUGUGGAAAUGAUGUCUGGAAAAUUGAUGCAAGGUGUUUGAGAUAUGAAAAGAAAAUUGCAUCUGGAUCUUUCAGUGAUUUGUAUAAAGGUACGUUUUGUAAUCAAGAUGUAGCUAUCAAAGUCCUUAAGGGUGAGAAUUUGAAUGAAAAUAUACAGAAGGAGUUUGCUCAGGAAGUCUAUAUCCUAAGUAAAAUUCAGCACAAGAAUGUUGUCAAAUUUGUUGGCGCUUGUACGAAUCCCCCAAACUUUUACCUUGUCACAGAAUAUUUGUCUGGUGGAAGUAUGUACCACUUUCUGCGUAUGCAGAAGACCGUCCUUGCUCUUCCAUCUUUGCUCAAUAUAGCCAUUGAUGUUUCCGAAGGAAUGAAAUAUUUGCAUGAGAAUGAUAUCAUACAUCGAGACCUCAAAGCUGCUAAUCUUUUGAUAGAUGAGAAUGGGGUAGUUAAGAUUGCCGAUUUUGGUGUGUCGAGAGUGCACGAUCAGUCUGGUAUCAUGACUGCAGAAACUGGAACUUAUCGGUGGAUGGCUCCUGAGGUUAUUGAACAUAAACCAUAUGAUUACAAAGCCGAUGUCUUUAGCUUUGCCAUUGUUCUUUGGGAGCUGCUUACGGGAAAGCUUCCUUAUGAGCGUUUGUCCCCAUUGCAAGCAGCUGUUGGAGUGGUUCAGAAGGGUUUAAGGCCAAAGAUUCCAAAGCAUACUCAUCCAAAGUUAGUAGAAUUGCUUCACAGGUGCUGGCACCAAGAUCCAUCUUUCAGACCCAAUUUCUCAGAAAUUCUGGAAUUUCUGCUGCACGUGACCAAAACGGUUAAUGGGGAAUGUGAAGACGAAGGGAAUGAAUGUUAACUACUCGAAGUAGCCGUUGACGUGGUGAGAGGCAGAGAGCACAUGUAAAUGUGAGACUUCUCAAAUUAAAUUAAAGGUUCGUUAAUGGAACCUUUGACCUGUAACCUAUGAGUAUGAAGUUGAUAUCAUCCCAUUGGCAAGAUGUAUAUAAACUUGGAUGUGCAGCAAUUAUGCACUAGAACUAGUAGAGUGAUGAAUGAUGGGAAGACAAUCGUGAGCUAUUACGAAAAAAUAAGUGUAGUUCAGUUGUAGUUGUUAUCAAGUGAAUAAAAGAGGAAAAAAUA